CGAAUUAUUAUUGGACAUAAUAUUUGUAAAUAAAAUCAAUUGAAUAGAGAAUAAAUAAUUUUCCGUGAAUAAUUAGCAGAAUAUAACGUUAAAAAGAACAAUUAUUAUUAGGAUAUUCGACGGUUUAUGGGGUAGUCUUCAGUUAUUCGGCCAGUUAAGAUGCCUGGCCACGAAGCGCCUUGCGUGGAACUUGGCAGCGCUCCCCAGACGCUGAGUGUCGGGCCGUCACCUUCGCCUUCAGAAAUAUCAAGUACAAGUACUCCCGAGCCACAGAAUUUGCGACCGACACCUUUGUUUAGGGCGCUGGCUAUGCCGCCCCCCGAGCCCGAGCAGCCGCCGGGGCAGGACGAGCUGGAGCGCCGCCUGCCCGGCUACCGGCGCAUCGUGAUACCGAGGGAUCUCACACUCAUCGAGCUAUUGAAACAAUCGAGCGGCGCUCAGACCGACGAGGAAGUUCUUCGCAUCCGCGAGGCGAAGCUGCGCGUGAUCGCGGAGCAGGUCGGGCUGCGGCGGCUUCCGGUGCUGGCGCCGAGGCUGCGCGAGCUCACGCUUGACGGGAGCGCCGUCGCGACAUUGCGCGACCUUGGCAUCGGACUUGCGCGUUUAAAGAUCCUGAGCAUAAAUCGCUGCGGUCUGACGAGCCUCGACGGGGUGUGGGGCCUGGGCGCCUUGCGUGAGCUCCACGCGGCCGGCAACCGGCUGCGCGACUUUCAACUCUUGGCCGGUCUUCAGAAACUGCAUACGUUGAACUUAGCAAAUAACCCGCUAGAAGAGUCAUGUCGGCUCUGGACUUUGGGCGUGUGUGAUUCCUUGCGCAAUUUGACGCUGCGAGGGACCCCGCUGGCGGACGCGGAGGACUAUCGUGCGCGGGUCGAGGCUGCCCUUCCCAGACUGCAGUACCUAGACGACCGUCCGAUGCACGGCGAUGAAGAAGAUGCUCUGGAAGCAGAGUUGAACCCGACGUUGAGUUCGGACUCGGGGAGUGAAUGCGAUGUGGACACCACGACCGCCUCCAUGACUCCUGACGUGUCGUUGGAACCGCAACCUGGACCAUCGAAUUCACAACUAGAGAGCCUAGAAGCUGAUGUCGAUGUUGUUAGACCAUUGCGUGCCUCUCGUCGAAGACCGGCGACGACCGAGUGUGUGGGAGCGAGGCCGCGCGUGCAACUCCCGCCGCGGCCUAGCACCGCGCACUCGACGCGGGAACGAGCGCCGAGCAGGCUACAUGUGCUGAACACGCUCAUGGAUGAGGAGUGGCGCAACAGUGGUAGCAGAUUGACUUCGCAGCACCCAGUGUGUGGGAACAUAGCGAGGGCCCUGCGGCGCCCGCAGACAGCUCAGAAGACGCAUUUCGUUUCAGAAGAAGAAGAAGAAAAGCUGUUGGUGAGCGAGAGUGUCGAAAUUGUCGAAAACGCGAUGCGCGCUGUCGCGAAGGAAAUACCUCGCGCACCUUGCGUGGAGGAUUGGGCUCACUUCAGGAAACUCACCGGCAUCGACAUCGAGAUCGACUUCGAAGCACGGCCACAAGGGGAUGCUAGCACCGCGUUGGACCGCCUGGAACAAAUAGAAAAGGAGACGAGAGAGUUAGAGAGGCUGCAAAAAGAGGGUUUGAAGGAGUCUUGUAGUAUAAAUAAUAUAAAUAUACCGUCCACGUCAGCCGUGAGGUAUGACAUGCGAUCUCCGAGCGAAUGUGAUGUGUGGAGCGGCUCGGGGGACUCCCGAGAGCCCCGCGGCCCCAUGCCAGACCCCAGGCUCGAAGUCGACGUGCUGUUUAAAAACAUUAUUGAUAUGGGUAUUGAAUCGCAACACUAAUAAUUAUACAAUAGAGAUAUUUUAGAAUUUCAAUUUUCGUUAAUCACGCCUUGAAUAGCGAAUGUGUAUGACAUACCUAAUUAAAGAAUGCAUGUAAAAACCUCAGUCAUUCCACGUAUCGAUUUUGAUUCUAAGACGUGCUUGCUUAACGUUAUUUAAAUAAACGGAAUGAUCAGUGAAUUGUAAUAAUUAAUUCUGAAGGUUCAUCUUUUCGAUGUUAACGUGACGUAACACUGUCACUUGAAGAGGUUAAGUAUAUGACUUUCAAACCGGAAGUCGUGGGUUCAAGCCAGGCGAGGGAAACAAUUCUUGAGCAAAAUGGUCUAAUACCAUCCACGGCUGAAUCAGCAAGAAAUAGUAUUUUUAGGGCUUAAAACAGACGAUCUGCAACUUUAACCUUUUCAGUUUUUAGGGUUCCGUACCUCAAACGGAAAAAAACGGAACCCUUAUAGGCCCACUCGUGCGUCCGUCUGUUCGUCUGUCACAGCCUAUUUUCUCGGAAACUAUUUUUAGCCUAGUCUGCUCUUGGAAAUCUUGCAAUUUAUUUUUUGAUUAAUUUUUUUCAUGGUAAGGCCCUUGAUUAAAACGUGUAAGAAUUAUACAUCUAGACACGCGGCAGCGUGUCAAGCCAAGUUCAAGCAAAGGAACUGGCUAGCCAGCGCCGAGUGUAAUAUUACACGAACCACUUGGUGCCACUUUUGACCCUUCUAUAACUCAAAACAUCUUUGACGUAAACACAUAAAACUACGUGUGUUUAAUUAUAUCCAUAAGGAUAUCUAGAAGCCCAAAUUUCAUGAAGCUAGCUCAAACGGUUAUAAAGGUAUGAAGGUCAAAAAGUCGUAAAUUUUAAGACUGACUUAUGACUUAUAGUACCUAAACCUAACCUACUUCCAGAUGACCUAGAAGGAUGAAAUUUGGAAUCCAG